AUGGACAUGAUAAUGUCAGUAAGCUCUCAAAGCUCUGAGAACAGUGCCUGGCACAUAGUGGAAGUUUGCUCCAAGACCGCCCUGCGCAUCGGGAGCAGCGAUACCCAGGUGGAUGAGGUGAAGACGAUGGCAGCAAGCAGCCACCUAGUGGACCACCUCUUGUGCCCCAUGUGCAGCCGGCUGCGCCUGCACUCUUUCAUGCUGCCCUGCAACCACAGCCUGUGCAGGAGGUGCCUGCGGCAGCUACAGAAGCACGCUGAGGUCACUGAGAAUUUCUUCAUCCUCAUCUGCCCGGUGUGUGACCGCUCACACUGCAUGCCUUACACCCACAAGAUGCAGCUGCCGGAGAACUACCUACGCGGGCGCCUCACCAAGCGCUACAUGCAGGAGCACGGCUACCUGAAGUGGCGCUUCGACCGCUCUACGGGGCCCAUCCACUGCCAGGUCUGCCGCAACCGGCGCAUCGCCUACAAGCGCUGCGUCACCUGCCGCCUCAACCUGUGCAACGACUGCCUCAAGACCUUCCACUCAGACGUAGCCAUGCAGGACCACAUCUUCGUGGACACCAGCACCGAGGACCAGGACGAGAAGAUCUGCAUUCAACACCCGUCCAGCCGCAUCACCGAGUACUGCCGCAACGACAACCAGCUGCUCUGCACCUUCUGCAAGACAGCGUUCCACAAUGGCCACGACACCAUCAACCUCAUCGACGCCUGCUCCGAGCGGGCCGCCGCACUCUUCAGCGCCAUCGCCAAGUUCAAAGCAGUCCGAUAUGAAAUUGAUAAUGACCUCAUGGAAUUCAACAUUUUAAAAAACAGCUUUAAAGCUAACAAGGAGGUAAAGCGAAAAGAGAUCAGAAACGGAUUUCUCAAGCUGCGCAGCAUUCUACAGGAAAAAGAGAAAUUGAUCAUGGAGCAGAUAGAGAAUCUCGAAGUGUCCAGGCAGAAGGAGAUUGAAAAAUAUGUAUACGUCACCACCACGAAAGUGAACGAAAUGGAUGGCCUGAUAGCCUACUCCAAGGAAGCCCUGAAGGAGACGGGCCAGGUGGCGUUCUUGCAGUCUGCCAAGAUCCUGGUGGAGCAGAUCGAGGACGGCAUCCAGACCACCUACCGGCCUGACCCACAGCUCCGGUUGCACUCCUCACACUGCAUGCCCUUGGACUUCGUGGAACUCUCCAGUGCCAUCCAUGAGCUCUUCCCCACGGGACCCAAGAAGGUAUGCUCCUCAGGGGACUCCCUGCCUGCCCCCUAUCCCGUGCACCCAGAGAUGAUGGCAGCCAGGAAGGUCACUUUCAGCACCCACAGCUUCGGCAACCGUGAGUUAUGCCAGCGAAGCUCCUCCAUGUUUUCCUUCACUACCACCGGCAGCGAGAAGGCCAAGGUUGGUCUGGAGGCCUAUGGGCGAGCCCAGUCGGCUGCACCCGCCAAACCCACAGAUGGCCUCUACACCUACUGGAGCACAGGGGCAGAAAGCCAGCCUGUGCAGAACAGCAGCAGUUUCCACAACUGGUACUCAUUCAAUGGUAGCUCUGUGAAGACUCCAGGCCCAAUUAUUAUCUAUCAGACUCUGGUGUAUCCCAGAGCUGCCAAGGUUUACUGGACAUGCCCAACAGAAGAUGUGGACUCCUUUGAGAUGGAAUUCUAUGAACUCAUUACUUCCCCUCCUAACAACGUGCGGACAGAGCUCUGUGGACAAGUUCGCGACAUAAUGCAGCAGAGCCUGGAGCUGCACAACCUGACCCCCAACACCGAGUAUCUGUUUAAAGUCAGAGCCAUCAAUGAUAGUGGUCCUGGGCAAUGGAGUGACAUCUGCAAGGUGGUAACACCAGAUGGGCAUGGGAAGAACCGAGCUAAGUGGGGCCUGCUGAAGAAUAUCCAGUCUGCCCUCCAGAAGCGCUUCUGAGCCCUCCGUCCCCCGUCCCCCCAGCAGAGCAGGCAGCAACCUCAGAGACGCACCACAAAAUAGACAUAGCUACACACACACAUAUGUAUAUGUAUUUUUCUCACCACAUUCUUCAGUGAGGUUGCAGAAGAUGUUCCUGGGACUUCCGAACUGUUUCAUCAGGAGUCUUUUAAGAGCUAAUAAAAGGAAAUGCCU